ACUGUACUAAAUUAAAAUAUAAAAAUGGAAGCCACACUACUGAAAAUCCCUUCAUCUCCUGCCACAUUCUCCGCCACGUCACCACUGUUAAGAUCGCAUAAUUCUAUCUCCCUAUUUUAUCGGUCUCCAAUGUGGAAAAAUUGGAACUUGCAAUUACCCCCCGAAUCCAUUCAAUCUGUUCUUCACCCAUCAUCAUCAUCUUCUUCUUCAUUUGGAUCUAAAAAUGAAAUAAGGGUUGAUGAGAGUAAGGUCUAUACUCUUGAUGGUAUAAGAAGUUCUUUAAUUCGACAAGAAGAUAGCAUCAUAUUUAGUCUCUUGGAAAGAGCUCAAUAUUUUUACAACGAGGAUACAUAUGACCCCAAUGCUUUUUUCAAGGAUGGCUUCGACGGAUCUUUGGUUGAGUUUAUGGUCAAAGAAAUAGAAAAGGUUUAUGCUCAGGUUGGAAGAUACAAAAGCCCUGAUGAACAUCCAUUUUUCCCCAGUGACUUGCCUGACCCUAUGUUGCCACCUUUAGAGUACCCACAGGUAUUGCAUCCUUGUGCGCAAAAUAUCAAUAUCAAUUCCAAAAUAUGGGACAUGUACUUCAAAGAUCUUCUGCCUAGAUUAGUUAAAGAAGGAAAUGAUGGUAAUUGUGGAUCAGCAGCAACCUGCGACUCUACUUGCUUGCAGGCUCUCUCUAAAAGAAUUCACUAUGGUAAAUUUGUUGCCGAAGCCAAGUUCCGAGAUUCACCAGCUGAUUAUGAAGCUGCUAUUAAAGCAAAAGACAGGAAAAGGCUGAUGGAUUUGUUGACAUUCCCAGCCGUGGAAGAUGCAAUUAAGAACAGGGUCGAAACCAAAACGAAGACUUUCGGGCAAGUGGUAACUGUGGGGUUUGGGGAAGACGCAACUGAGCCGGUAUACAAAAUCAAUCCAACCUUGGUUGCUGAUCUUUAUGGGGAAUGGAUCAUGCCAUUGACAAAGGAAGUGCAAGUUGAGUACUUGUUGAGAAGACUUGAUUGAACACAAGAAGGGAUGAGCAUGGAGACCGGAAACCUGAACCUUCCGGAAACCGAGAACCAAACCGAAACGAACUUGUCUGUGGACAACCAAUCCAGUCUUUGGUCUUCAAUUUUAGCCUUUUUUCAGUUUCGGUCUAGUCCGGUUUGACCGAAAACCUGGAAUUUGUUUGGAUUUUUUUGGUUAUUGUAAAAGGGGAUUACAUAUGAUUUCAUUAGUACAUGAUUCCAGAUAACUCUCUUUUAAGAGGGAAAUGUAUGAUUUUAUUAGUUAUAUAAUGUCAACUCCAACAAUGCAUUCAAACA